AUGGACGCUAGACGCGUAGAAAUUGUUUCCGCGGACGAGCUUAGUGAAAGUGACACAUUGCAAAACAUGUCCGACAGUCAAAUGAAUAUUGAACUUAAUUUUGAGGAUGUUCAAGACAUAAUUUUACCGGAUCGAUUAAGACAACAACCCCUAUAUUUAAACAGAUAUACAGGCGAAUGGAGAGUGAGUACUACGAGACAAAACGCGACAUUGACAACGUCAACUUCAGAACCAGACAUCAAUCAGACACGAAAAAAUGACGAAACUAAGACACAGGACUCUGACAUGCUCAACCAGAUUCUGACGUUACUUGGUGACCAAAACAGAAAAUUUGACAAAAGAUUUGACGCUUUAGACGAGAAAAAUGACAAUUUAAAACGUGACAUUGGGAAAUUUGACACUAAAUUCGAUGAACUGACACGGGACAUAAAACAAAAUUUUGAAAAACAAUCGAGACAAAUUGCCGACUUGACAGAAACCACCAGUAGUCUUGGAAGGAAAUUUACUGACUUAUCAGACAAGGUUACGAGACAAGAAAAGGUAUUUGUGAAAUUCAGUGACGAGGCAAAAACUGACUUACAACGAUGUAAUGAGAAAUUGUUAACAGUAGUUUCUGAACAACAGAAAACCAGUACCCAAGUUGACGAAUUACGACAGUCACACAAUUCCGUAAAAACAAACCAAGAACACUUAGACCUGACGAUUACAGACCUUUCAGACAGAUUAAAUGAUGUAACAUUGGAGCAGAAAUCCUUACAGGAAAAAUUAGAAAAACUUGAAGACAGAGUAGAUGUAGCAUCUUUAAAGAAUGACACAACUCUAGCAGAGAAACUUGUACAUGAAUGCAAAUUAUGUGAUGAUUAUUUAGAUGAGAAGUUUGAGACAAUGACACAGAUCAUUUUAGAUAAGACAAAGGAACAAGUAAAGGGAGAAACAGAUAAUAUUCAGAAAGAGGUACGUAAAUUUAAAGAAAAUGUAAUACCAAGUUUGUCAGUGAUACCAAAACCCAUAACAGGCAACCAAAACACAAAUGAGACUCAUAAUAAUGCUAGACCCAGCACACAGCCGAAAAUAGAAUUACCAUUGAGUGAUACAAAUCCCAAUGAACCAUUUUCAAUGCUACCACAAGAUCAAAAUUACAAUCAGACAUCACCACAUACUAGGCACAAUAUACCACUCCAUUACAGUUUUCUGGUAGUAGACAAAUUAGAUAUGCAUUGCAUAUUAGGAAUUGACUUUUUGAAUGAAUACCAAGCAAUCAUAGAUUUAGGAAAAGGGAAAUGUCAUUUAACCGUAAACCAACAACAACUGACAAUAGAGUUAACACAGGGUAAAAACUUAAAUAGUAAGCAAGAAUCUGAAUAUCUGACAAAGAAACAACAACUUGAAUUACUUGAAGUUUUGCAGCAAUUUGCUGAGGUAUUUGUGGAGAAACCUGGAAUUAUUAGAGGCUAUACUAUACAUACUGUAGAACAUAUUAUAAUAUUCCUUGGCCAAAGAAACCCGCAGUUUUGA